AUGUCCGCUACUAUCGAAGCUGAACAGUUCGCGCAUUACUUCCGAUGUCAGAGUUAUGCUGCGCCCAUAAUUUAUGUCAACAAAGAGAAUUUCUAUACCAAAACCACUUUUUACUUGGAAGACAUCGAUGUUCGUCCUGUAUCGGAUGGAAAUAAUUUCGAGCUCGACAAACCUGAAAUCUCCGAGGAUAUGUGGAAGGUGUUCACCCUACUGGUAGCCAUCCUUUGGAAGUUGGAUGCCUCGAAUCCCCUCACCAAUCAGAAAAUCAUCGGCAGCGUGUUGGUGUUCCUGCCCGGUAUCAACGAGAUAGAGGAGGCGCACAAGCGACUGCUGAAGCACUACGAAGAGUUGCUCCGCGACAGCUCGGCAAGUACCACGGGCGACCCCAAAACCAAGUGGGAGAUCAUCCCGUUGCACUCGUCGCUGCCCAAUGACGAGCAGGCGAGGGCGUUCAAGCCCGCCAAGGCCGGCAGCAGGAAGAUCAUCCUGUCGACCAACAUCGCCGAGAGUUCCAUCACCGUGCAGGACUCCUACUACGUGAUCGAUUUUUGCAUGACCAAAGUGAUGACCGUCGAUCCGAUCACCAAAUACAUGAGCCUCAAACUAGAAUGGGCGUCGCACGUCAAUUGCGACCAAAGGGCCGGUAGGGUGGGCCGAAUUGGAAACGGCAGAGUGUAUCGGCUGGUGCCGAGGUCCUUUUACCAAUAUAAAUUGCCGCGGAAGAGUAUUCCCGAGAUAAUACGAGCACCGUUGGAGACUACGGUCCUUCAGGCCAAGAUGCUUAAUUUGAACGACUCACCUCAGCAGAUACUAGCUCUCGCUAUGAACCCACCGAAUUUGAAGAAUAUUGAGUUGACCAUACUCAGUCUGAAAGAGAUCGGUGGGUUGCUGCAAACUUGCAGGGGCAAAUUUUCCGCAUCCGACGGGGACAUAACGUUUUUGGGAACUGUGAUGGCUUCUCUGCCUAUCGACGUUCAUCUGUCGAAACUGAUCGUGCUCGGGCAUCUGUUCAGUUGUCUAGAAGAAGCUAUCAUUAUGGCUGCUGGAUGUUCAAUUCAGAACAUUUUCUCAAUACCAUUUCAACAGAGAUUCAAUGCUUACAAGAAGCUAUUGUUAUGGGCUGACGGGUCUUUUAGUGAUCUUAUUGCUCUGCUGAAUUUGUAUCAGGUGUGGCAAUCGUGCAAAAGGGAGAACCACUUCGACAGCUUCCAGAGCGAGCUCAGAUGGUGCUCCAUGAACCUGGUGAGCCUGAAAGGGCUGAGGGAGUGGAACCUGUUGGUGAUCGAGAUCAAACAACGGCUCGACUUUCUGAACAUCAAGUCCAUACCGGGACAGAUCCAUCUCAAGCACGACGAGAAGCCUCUCAUCAUCAAGAUCAUCACAGCCGGAGCUUUCUACCCGAACUUCUUCGUCCGAGCGCCGGACUGCGUCCAGCAGGACGAACGGGAGGCGGUCAAGAUGGUGGGCGGUCGCAAUCCCUUCCAAUCGGUCUACUUCACCGGACUGGACCCCACGCAGCCGGGACCACUAUACAUCAGGUAAAUGAUGGA